UGACACAUUCUUUUGAGUAUGUGUCUUACUUUUGUCCAAUUAUGGUGGUAGAUAAAAAUGACAAAACUAUAUUACAAAAGAGUAAAUAUUGUGGGGGCAAAUUGGCUGUACAAGUAUAACACAGCAGUUAGGGGUUUUGUCAUCUUUACUGUUGCCGAUUUGGGUCCUGUCAAGUUCCACAACGUCUACACAUACUAUUCAGGAAGUUUACAAAAUUAUACCACGUAUUCAUUUACUUGCCUUCAGUUUCAAAUUGAGAGGGAAAACCUAAAACGAAUUGGUGGGAUUUACAGAGUGAAGUAUCUUGUGUUCUAUUAGUUUGAAAUAACUGCACUGAGCACUCUUUUUGUCAUCAAUAUUGCUCUUAUUCUGAAAUACGUCACCGGAAAUGAAAGGCAUUUUCGUUUGAGAUGUUCUUGCUGAUGGUCAGCAAGUCAGUCUUGGGCUGGGUUAGAGGAGGAAAAAAAAAAGUUUGAAGUAUGACGAGACAAAGGCACUAAGUGAACACUGACACAUAAUGAUUUAGACACGUUUGCGACGAAGUAUGGCGAUUAGGGAGCUCAAAGUUUGUCUUUUAGGGGACACGGGAGUCGGCAAGUCCAGCAUCGUCUGUCGCUUUGUCCAGGACCACUUUGACCACAACAUCAGCCCCACCAUAGGAGCGUCAUUCCUGACCAAGACUGUGCCGUGUGGGAAUGAACUCCAUAAAUUCCUCAUCUGGGACACAGCGGGACAGGAGAGAUUCCACUCGUUAGCUCCUAUGUACUACAGAGGAUCAGCGGCGGCUGUCAUCGUUUAUGACAUCACCAAACUAGACUCCUUCCAGACCCUGAAGAAGUGGGUGAAGGAACUGAAGGAGCACGGGCCUGAGGACAUUGUCGUCGCCAUCGCAGGGAACAAGAACGAUUUAGGAGACAUCAGGGAAGUACCCAUGAAGGAGGCCAAAGAGUUUGCGGACUCCAUCACCGCCAUCUUCAUCGAGACAAGUGCCAGGAAUGCCGUCAACGUGGAGGAACUCUUCCAGAAAAUUAGCAAACAGAUUCCGCCGCUGGAAAACCCCGACAUGGAGAUCAACGAGUCGUUCAAACUGACCCGCCAGCCCGCUGCGUCCACCAGAAGGUGUUGCUAGUAGUGCAGCAGCAUUGUACGGGAGUGUCUGCUGCCAUAUCAACUAGCACAAAAAAAAACAAAACAGCAGAAGUUUGGUGCCCUCUGGUGGUGUUUGGCUGAACUGCACCCCGGGUCUUCCCUCUGUGUACUGUGGCGUUUAAAUUACAGCAGUUUUUAUCAUGACUACACUUUAUUUGUACAGAAUGUAGCACAGAUGCAGCAUAAGCAGCCUCUCAUUCCACUAAUUUAGCUGUUUUUGAAGGGUUUUAUGAUUAUUAACUGCAGUGCUGCACACAAUGACUGGCAUGGUGGUUACAGUAUGGCGCCCCCUGCUGAAACACUGUGAGCCUCACUUCAUACAAUUGUUUACAUUGACUGUUUUGCUCUGUGUUUUCACAAGAGGGAUGUGCUUCGUUCCAUGUGUUAUUACCCAAAAAGUGUUAUGCAUUUUUCAGUUUGUUACUAUUAAGCAAGUGUUUAGUGUAAUGACCUAACGUGUUCUUUGUAGGAGGAGGUUUUUGCAGCACCUGUGCUUCCUCUAGUGACACUUUCCCAUGCCUCAUCCAUGCUGGACUCAUUCGCUUCAUUUUGGAAUAAUGCCAUGCAACAGUCAGUUGGGAGCUGCAGCUGCACUUUUAACUAGUAAAGUAUGCAGUUAUUUUAUUUUCAUGGUUACUCAAAAGUGCCUCUCUUUUUUGGUGGCCAAGUUUGAAGAAUGAUGCAUGCUGUCUUUGUAUCCUAUCUAACUUCUUUAUGUAACUA